AUGUGUUCGCAGGGAGGAAUAUCUGAUUUUAGUUUAUUCAAGAUUUGUCAGUUGAAAUCAACGUUAACUGAACUUGAAGAUAAGAAUAGAUCAUUAUUAAAAAAGUUAAAUAAUUUACAUAUUUUGUUGAUUGAAUCUGUACGACUUCCAUUAAUGAAUCAAAUAGAAAUGUUAAAUUCGUUAAAGCAAAAUGAUAUUGAAUUUGAAAAGCCCACAGCAACUGAUUUAUCAAAGAAUAUUCAAUCAAUGGCUUUAGCAUUACAAUCUCAAAAACCUGAGAAUUUACCGGAAGCUCGUGAAAAAUUGAUAACUUAUACAAUCGGGUUAUUAACAACAAAUACUAUUAGUACUAAACUUUUAUUAGAAGAAAUAUUGAAACAAGAUAAAAUGGUUAAUGAAGAAGUUAAGAAAUGUAUGGUUGCAUUUUGUGGAGAAAUAGUUUAUGCAUCGAAUUCAACAGAAUAUAUCGAGACAUUAAAGGACUGUAUAUGUGAAAAUUCACCAAAUCGAUCGUCGUUAUUCGAUAUUUUAUUGUUUUUAAAAAAUAUGUCUUUUGAAUUAACAACAAGAGUGGAAGUUUAUCGCACUAUUGAUCUAACACCCGAACUUCGACAAUCGAUAUCUUUUGUUUGUUCCAAAGCUCAUGAGCAUGACUUUUCGGGUUUAUGGGGUUGCAUUGAUGAAGCAAAAAUAACUGAUAGUGUUAUACACGUACUUGUUUACCAGUUAAACGCUAAUGAUGCUUUUCUCAUUGCUCAUGGCAUGUUAUCUGAACGUUUUUGCUGGUAUUCACCAUCUUCCACUGAAGCAGGGCAGUUAAAACGAAUACGUACAGCUUAUGUUGAUGCUGUUUCGGUUUUCCCUCAGCAUCAGCGUCAUGGAUAUGGUACAAUUGUUAUGAGGAAACUUGUUGAAAUUAUGAACGAAAAUGAAUAUCAGUUAGGAGCAUUAGAAACAGAUAAACAAGACUUUUACACGACAAUGGGUUGGCAAAUAUGGCAAGGAAGUCUUGGGGGUUUAGAUGUUGAAAACAAACAAAAAGAAGUCAGUACACCAGAAUUCGAUGGUCAUGUGUUAGUUUAUCGAUUACAGAAGACACCCGAGGAAUUAUAUUUAAAGAAUGGAAAAUUGUUAAUUGAAAAACAACCGGGAAGAUAUUGGAGUCGAACGGAGAACAAGACAGCACAUUAA